GCUCAGAGGGAGCCCAGCCGCUGCUGUCGCCGCAGUCGCCGAGCCCUCCGGGCCCUGCGGUCCUGGCCCCCCGACCCCGGCUCCCCGCCCUCCCGCCGCUCCGGCCGGUGCAUGCGGCCCCCGCGGAUGCCCGGCCGCGGCCCCCAGACCCGCACCUGAGCGCGGCGCGGGGCGCGGGCAGACGGGCGCGCGGGGUCCCCGGGGCGGCGACAUGGGGAAGUUCCAGUCCAAGCACGCCGCUGCAGCCUCCAAGCGGAGAGAGAGCCCCGAAGGGGACAGCGUCGUGGUGUCCGCGUUCGCGAGUGGCCGCAAAUGCACGGAGGAGGUGGAGCGGCACGGCGGCGGCGUGGAGCACCGCGCGCGGGACAAGCAGGAGCUGCCCAGCGGGGACCCCAAGGAGGGACUUUCUCGGGAGGACCAGUGUCCCCUAGAGGUGGUGCUUCCACCUGAGAAGACCGAGGGCCUCGAGGGCCCAGGACAGCUCUUCAGCGCGGACGAUGGAGAGAGAGCAGCACACCGCGAGGCCCCGCGAGGACUGGGCAGGAAGCGCCUGGACAUCGACGGCAGGAGUGUGACGGAGCAGCGGGAGGGGGCAGGCGGAGGCUCAGGGCUCCCGGCGCAGGGGGAGGACAACCGCGCGCUCUGCCCCGCGUGCCCGCAGGCGCUCCAGUGCGACGUCUCGGUGGAGGAGGACAACCGCCAGGAGUGGACAUUCACGCUCUACGGCUUUGACAACAGCGGAAAGGCCACCAGGGAGGACAUGUCCAGCCUGAUGCACACCAUCUACGAGGUUGUUGACGCCUCGGUCAACCACUCAUCGGGCAGCAGCAAGACGCUCCGUGUGAAGCUGACCGUCAGCCCCGAGCCAUCUGGCAAGAGGAAGGAGGGGCCCCCCGCUGGCCAGGACCGGGAGCCCGCUCGCUGCGGGAUGGAGGGCGAGCUGACCGAGGACUCAAGGGUGGCUGACAAGAGGCUGUCCGCCCACAUCAGGAGGCCCAGCGCCGACCCCCACCCCUGCCCUGUGCGCGGGUCCUACUGCGUGGACGAGAACACGGAGCGGAGAAACCACUACCUGGACCUGGCCGGCAUUGAGAACUACACGUCCAGAUUUGGGCCCGGGUCGCCACCAGCACAGGCCAAGCAGGAGCACCAGGGCAAGGCCAUGUGCCCCCAGAGUAGGUCCCGCUCGCAGGAGUCGGACGCCCACACCAUGCACCACCGCAGGUCCCAGGUGCUGGCUGACCAUACCCUGCUGGCCACGGAGCCCGCUGCCCGGGCCCUGGAUGGGCAAUCCCGGCUGAAGGGGCAGGAAAAGCAGUUCCUCAAGUCUCCCAAGGGCUCGGGGAGGCCGCCCGGGGGGCCCAGCGGGGGCAAGUCCGGGAGAUCCUUCAGCUACCACCCACCAGCUGCCCUGCCGCAGGCCCCCCAGGACGGCCACCACCUCCCGCAGCCCCAGCCACAGUCCUACGGCCACAAGCGGUACCGGCAGAAGGGCAGGGACGGCCACUCGCCGCUCAAGGCGACGCUGGGCCAGCCCGCAGCAGUGGAGCACGAGGUGGUGAGGGACCUGCCGCCCGUGCUGGUGGGCGAGGGCUACGCGGUGCCCGUGGUCCAGCGCCACGAACACCACCACCACCACGAGCACCACCACCACCACCACUACCACCACCACGCCCCGUCCUAGCGCGGCCCCAGCCCCACGCCACGAGGACACGGCGGAGCAGGCCCUGCCUCAGCUCCUCUCCUCCUGCUGCCGCGGACGCUGCGUCGAGAUCAACUCAUUUGAUGCCACUGACGUUUCCCGGUUUACAAAGCUAU